GGGCGCGCGUACGGGAGGUUGUGGGGGGUUGUGCUCGCUCCUGCUCUCUCUGCUCUCUGACCCCAGUGGCAGCUCCGACUCAUUGCACUCCGACUCCGUCACACCGAGGCUGCACUCUCUCUCUCUUCCUCUUGUCUGUCAGUGUCUCUCUCCCUCCUCUCCUGCUCUCUCUCUCUCUCUCUCUCUCCUCUCUCUUCGCUCUCUUGUCUGGUUUCUUUUCCACAGGAGCCAGCCGAGGUCCCGCCGGGUCGAAGGUUCUAACCUAUCCGCCCAGACUGCCGCAACCCCCCGGACGACCGCGCUCGGACCUGCCCGCCUGCUCUCCCCUGUUGCUGCCGCAUGGACGCGCGUCUCUUCACCGCUGCUGCUGCUUCUGCCGCCGUCGCCGCCGCCGCGUAAAGGGCGACCCCGACCCGACACUCUUCCUCCGGCCAAGAUACAAAACGCACAAAAAAGCCCCACACGACGAAGACUGCUGUGUGUCAGGGUCGAGACGGUCGGCUGGGUCGCUGCUCCUCCUGCUGCUGCUGCAGGGAGACUUCCUGGGCUUCUUAAAGCGGCUCUGAAGGAUGACCGCUGCACGGCUCGCUGCUGAAUCCCGGUGAACGAACGGCGUCUCAUGUCCAAACGGCGGAAGGAUGGCUCAUGGCAAAACGACCAUCACGGUGGACGAGUACAGCUCCAACCCCACACAGGCCUUCACACACUACAACAUCAACCAGAGCCGCUUCCAACCUCCACACGUCCACAUGGUGGACCCCAUUCCUUAUGACACUCCCAAGCCAACAGGACACACCAGGUUUGUGUGUGUGUCAGACACACACUCACGCACAGACGGCAUCCAGAUGCCCUAUGGCGACGUGCUGCUCCACAUGGGUGACUUCACCGAGCUGGGGCUGCCCUCCGAGGUUAAGAAGUUCAACGACUGGCUAGGUGGCCUCCCGUACGAGUUUAAGGUGGUGAUCGCCGGUAACCACGAGCUGACCUUUGAUAAGGACUUUAUGGCCGAGCUGGUCAAGCAGGAUUACUACCGAUUCCCCUCAGUGUCCAAACUCAAACCAGAGGACUUUGACAAUGUCCAGACGCUGCUCACAAACUGUGUGUACCUGCAGGACUCGGACGUCACCAUAAAGGGAUUCCGGAUAUACGGCGCACCAUGGACUCCGUGGUUUAACGGCUGGGGGUUCAACCUGCCCCGGGGUCAGUCUCUGCUGGAUAAGUGGAACCUCGUCCCUGAAGGCAUCGACAUCCUGAUGACCCACGGACCUCCGCUCGGUUUCAGAGAUUGGGUUCCUAAAGAGCUUCAGCGGGUCGGCUGCGUUGAGCUGCUCAACACGGUCCAGAAGAGAGUCAGACCCAAACUUCACGCCUUUGGAGGCAUACAUGAAGGCUACGGGAUCAUGACAGACGGCUACACGACGUUCAUCAACGCGUCAACCUGCACCGUCAGCUUCCAGCCCACAAACCCCCCCAUCGUGUUCGACCUGCCCAACCCCUCCACUUCCUGAGACCAGAGGAGGGGGGG